GACUUAAUACAAGUCUAUGGUCUAUGGUACGGUUCUCUUUGGUUUAUCUAAAUAAUUCGUAUGAUAAACCCUUUGACUAUAUAGUCAAAGGAUAAACCGGGAUGAACCGGGAAAUCGAAUAGUGAGUUUAAAAGUUUACAUAUAAUUGUUUAAAACGCGACAUUUAUAGCCAUGGCAGACGUUUUGGAUAUUGAUAAUGCUGAGGAAUUCGAAGUAGACGAUGAAGGAGACCAGGGUAUUGCUCGUCUUAAGGAGAAAGCAAAGAAAAGAAAAGGCAGAGGUCAUGGCGCAGAAUUGGUAUCAACAAAAGAUGAUGUUGGUCAUUAUGAAUCCAUGGGCAUCGUUGAAGAAGACGAUAAUGAGCCUGGUCCUCAGAGAUCUGUUGAAGGAUGGAUCUUAUUCAUAAACUCAGUACAUGAAGAAGCGCAAGAAGACGAUAUUCAGGAUAAAUUUUCUGAGUUUGGUCAGAUCAAAAAUUUACAUUUAAAUUUAGACCGAAGAACAGGCUUUCUUAAAGGUUAUGCAUUGGUGGAAUAUGAAACCUUUAGAGAAGCACAAGCUGCAAAGGAAGCAUUAAAUGGUACAGAAAUUUUAGGCCAGGCUAUAUCAGUUGAUUGGUGUUUUGUCAAAGGACCAAAGAAGAUCAGAAAAAGAAAUCAUAGAAGACGAUAAAUAUUUGUUAUUAAUGACUAUGUAUAUUACAUAAGACAUAAUGACUAUAUAUAUUACUAUAAGAUGGAAGCUUAUUAAAGAGCUAUAAUAUGUGUCAUUUAAAGUGAGAUAAGAUUUUAUAUUUCACAAGUAUUCAAAAAAUAAUUAAAAUAAUAUAAUUUA